GAUCGAGAUUUUCCUGCGCUGUCCAGUAUAUCUGUAGAUUUUCUCAUUUAAAGUUUUCCAAUCAAAGUGAAAUGGAAAGAGCACUUUUAUACACACUCCUAGUCAUUCUUGGACUGACUCAAGCGUCUGCUUUGACGUGCUACAAUUGCAAUUCUCUUCAGCACAAAGAUUGUGCCAAUUCUUUGGACACUGUAGAGAAAGUCACUUGCCAUGCAGGAGAAAAUUGCGCCUCGGUAUUUUUUACUCUCCAACCAACACCGUCGUCAGCUCCUAUUUCUACUGUGAUAAGAGGAUGUGCUUCGAAUAAAGUGAAAUGCAGUGAUCUGGAGCAAAAUACCGAACAAGUGGUGACUGAUUGCACCCUGUGUGACAAGGAUUUGUGCAAUAACAAAGUUAUGGGAAGUUCAAGUGAUUCCGUGAAGCUGUCGAGUGCAAUUUUCUCUGUAUUCCCAUUGCUCAUCGCUGCCAUGCUUAUUAAUCACUGGCAAUAAAUUGCUUCAUUUCUAUUGAAA